AACUCUAACCAGUCCUCACACUCAGACACACACACACACACGUCGCUGUGGAUGGCGAGGAAGCUGCGAACAAACAGGCGAACAGCCGGCGCUACUUGUGUGGAAAAAGAGGAAUGGAGUGAGUGUUUGAUGAGCGACUAGAGGGAGGGCGUGUGAGGAAGAGGAGGAGGAAGAGGAACUGGAAGGUGAAAAGAGCAGAUUUGGUGUCACAGGAGCUGAAGAGGAGCGAUCACAACCCGACUCCUCCUUCUUGCUGCUCCUAGGAUAUGAUGCGGAUUCUUCUUGAACUGAUUGACCUUUGAUUCGACUUCUUGACCUUCGACUUUCCGAUGUGUCGAAUCUGUGAUUUUUCUCACCACAUAACUGGACGUGAAAAGUUUCUCCGAGGCAACGAAACCCUGACUGAACUCUAACCAUGAGUGAGUGAGUGAGUGAGUUGGGUAUUUCCAGAACCUGAGACAGACGGCGUUGCCCUCCGCGGUCUGAACAGUCAGCAGUUUCAUGCAAAACUCAACUGAGACUUAAAGUCCAUUAAAUCCUGGAAAUGAAGCUAGAGUAUCCUGGCUGCUCUGUGCAUGUAACACCUGCACAAAUGCAUGUGAAACAUAUUGAGAAACUAUAAUAAUUAACUGACUAUUUUUAACUAAAACCGGAACAUUCUUGCCCUGAAGACCCGGUUCAGUCCGGCUCCGCUCUUCCUGCAGGACUCUUCGGUCGUCGGUGGUGCAGAGAACUGGAUUUUGCUCAUUGAGACACAAACACAUCUCAACAAAAGGAUUAUUUGAUUGCAUGUGGAGACGAUCAGAAAGAACAGAAACAGGAGGAGGAGCACCAGCUGCCUCCAGAGAGAAACUAACCGCCAACAGACCGAACAGCCAGCGACCGUCAGCAGAUGGAGAGGAAGGAGGAGGUGAAGUUCGGCGGAGCGGCCAUGUCGCUGCCGACGGACCUGAGCUGCCUGCAGGGCGGCGGGGGAGCGGAGGGCCAGGUGGCGCUGGCCACGCUGGAGAAACAGCUCAUCUGUCCCAUUUGUCUGGAGCUCUUCAACAAGCCCGUGGUCAUCCUGCCCUGCCAGCACAACCUCUGCAGGAAGUGUGCCAACGAGCUCUACCAGCCCUCCCUGUUCCAGGCUCGGACCACCAUGCAGGUGAGCAGCGGCCGUUUCCGCUGUCCGUCCUGCAGACACGAAGUGGUGCUGGAUCGCCACGGCGUCUACGGUCUGCAACGAAACCUGCUGGUGGAGAACAUCAUCGACGUCUACAAACAGGAAGUCAGCAGCAACGCCACGAGCUCCCUCCCUCCUCCUCCACCUGCUGCUGCUCAGCUCACAUGUUCAGACCAUGAAGGUGAGAAGGUGAACAUCUACUGUCUCACCUGUCAGCUUCCCACCUGCUCUCUCUGUAAAGUGUUCGGGGCUCAUCAGUCCUGUCAGGUGGCUCCUCUGACUGACGUCUACCAGCAGCAGAAGGAUGAGCUGAGUGGAGGAGUUCGUUCUCUGGUGGCGGUCAACGACAAAGUCCAAGGUUUGAUCGACCAGCUGGAGGAGACCUGCAGAAACAUAGAGGAAAACUGUAAAACUCAGAAACAAAAUGUUUGUGAGAAGUUCAGUCAAGUGUUUUCUGUCCUGGAGGAGAGACGGAAGGUGAUGACGCAGCGAAUCAGCACCGAGCAGGAAGAGAAGACGGGCCACGCCCAGGCGCUGGUGCGUUGCUAUGGCGACAGCGUGGAGGCCAACAGCAAGCUGAUGGAGAGAGCAGCCAGCAGCAUGGAGGAGCCAGACAUGGCUGCCUUCGUUCAGAAUUCAAGAGAGCUGAUCACAAUGGUGAUCACAGCGACGGGCUCCGGUCCGUCUGAGACUCUGAAACCAGGUUAUGAGAGUUUGAGUCACUACAGAUUUAACUUCAGCAGACAGGAGAACGCUCUGAGGAGCAUCGACUUCCUCAAAGUUGUGGAAGACGUUCCUGAAGAACCGGCGGUGGAACCCGAGCCAGAAGAACCCAAAGAGCCUCCGGUCCAGAACGUAGAACCAAAACACCAUCAGGAAACCUCCGCCCAGAACCUGGACUCUGUUGUAGAACCAGUUAAAGAGGAGCUGAUCCCAACACCAGUGGAACCAGCUGCACCAACACCAACACCAACACCAACACCAGCUCCAGCUCCAGGUCCAAGUCCAGGUCCAGGUCCAGGUCCAGGUCCAGGUCCAGGUCCAGGUCCAGGUCCAGGUCAAGCUCCAGCUCCAGCUCCAGCUCCAGCUCCAGCUCCAGCUCCAGCUCCAGCUCCAGCUCCAGCUCCAGGUCCAGGUCCAGGUCCAGGUCUGAUGAGGGACUCUGUGGAGCCAACAGGGGCAGAGACUGAAGACCCAGAAGACUUCAUUGAUGGAGGAUCUGGUCUGAUGAAGACCAAGGAAGAGGAGGAUGAGGAGGAAGAGGAAGAGGAGGUAGAAGAGGAGGAGGAGGAGGAGAGAUGUGCAGCUCCUGAUCCAGUCAAAGAGGGAACCGUCUGUGAGGACCAGGAGGGAAUGAGCACUCAGCAGUGUGAGGCAGUAGGUGAAGCAGAGAGUGAGACGGAGGACAAACACGAUGCUCAGGAAGAAGAAGAUGAAGAAGAAGAAAAGCAGGUGAUGAAGGAGGAAACAGACGCUACGUUUUACCCCGGCUGGUACAAACCCAAAAAGAAGGUUUGUGAUGCGGAGCAGACGAUGCGUUCACACCAGACUGGAGGUGAAGGCCGAGUCGAGGAUCUGACCCAGGAACAGAGCCCGUCUUACCCAGAACCACCUCCACCUGGACCACCUUCCACUGAGCUCCACACCCAGACACACCUUCCUCUCCCUCGUCUCCAAGAGUCAGAAACCCAACCUCCACCUCUUCACGCUGCUAUCACAGAGGAGGAAGAUGAGGAGGAGGAGGAGGAGGAGGAAGACUUGCAGGGCUGGGUGUGUCUACCUGGAGCUGUGGAUAGAAGCUUCAGUCUGGUAGAGGGCAGUUUUGAUCUUGGAGACAGUUUGUCUGAUGAUAACGAGAGUCCAUCAUCUGCACUAACACCUCUAGCUGGGGUUCAGAGGUCAGACGUGGAUGAAGGUCGUGCGACGGAGGAACCAGAAGAGAAACGUGACGAGGAUCAUUUAGAUGUAAAAUGUGCCUCAGAGCUGAAAGAAGGGGGGUUAGGAGAGGGUGAGACGGUGAAUGGAGAGCUGGAAGAAGGAAGGUGUGAUGAAAGGAAAGAAGAGACGGACGCUGUCUCUGUGAGGGAGGAUGACGAUGAUGAUGAUGAUGAUGAUGAUGAUGAUGAUGGUGAUGGUGGUGUGAAGAGCACAGAUAGGUUGGGAGAGUUUGAGGCUGAUAGUUCAAAGAAAGAGGAGGAUGGAGAGAAGACUGAAAGUGAAGAAGAGAGAAUAAGCUCCUCUGUGUCUCUGCAGGCUGUCACGCUGCUCUUCUACCUGCUGGCCUUCCUGGUCAUCCUGCAGAGGGUUUGGGCUUACAUCGGCUGCUUCAUUUGCACAUAACAGCAGCAGGAGACACGUCCACCCUCACUGCUGCUCAGCUCAGAUGGAGACUGAGACGAGGAGUCCUUCUCCUCUCUCCUCUUCCUCCUCUUCAUCGUCUUCCUCCUCUCUCCCCCUCAGCGAGGCUCCUCGUCGACCCAGUUUCUGCUUCUCCUGGCUGAAGUCCGUCCACAAGAGGAAGUAGAGGAGAGAGAGAGGAGCGUAAAGAAAGGAAGAUGGACUCCAGAGUCAGAUUCUCUGACUCGAGACUGAAAACUCACGUGUACGUACAUGUUCAUGUACAUGUAGGUGGAUAACACUUCAGAGUUAAAGUUGUUUUAUCAACAGUCUCUGUUUUGUUCUAAAGAAUCAUCCAGUUUAAAACAUAUUAGCACUUCUGUGUAACAAUAUGUCGACAAAACAGGAUGAGAUCUGCUCUGGAUCUGUGUGUCUGAAGAGAAAAGCUCUUAUUUUGAAAUCUUAUUGAGAAUGAAUUGAGAAGGUUUUUUUUCUUUUUUAAACUUUAGGAAGAUUUUCACAACGUUAAAGUUUAUGUUAGCAGAGGAGUAGUACAGCUGUAGAGUAGAGGAAGUAGUAUUUGGAAUAAUAGUAGUAGUCAUUAUUGUAGUAGCUGUAGUUGUGGUACAACUAGUAGUCUACUAGUGGUGGAAUUUAACUAAGUACAUUUACUCAAGUACAAGUUUGACAUACUUUACUUUACUUGAGUAUUUCAAUUUCCCGUUACUUUAUACUUCUACUCCAAGACAAGUCAGAGGGAAAUAUUGUACUUUUUACUCCUUACAUGAUGCAAUAGUAUAUUACUAAUCUACCCAGUGGUACACAAAGUAGUAAGAUUGGCUCCACAUUGACUGAACUGAAUAAUAUAAUAUUCAAUAAUAACAUAAAACUAUGAAAGGAGCCAUUCUGCACAAUGGGUACUUUUAAAUUUAUACUUUGAGUACAUUUUGCUGAUAAUACUUAGAUACUUUUACUUAAGUAACAUUUUGAAUGCAGGACUUUUACUUGUGUUUUUAGACUAUGGUAUUUCUACUUGAACUACUACUUAGCACUAGCAGUAGAGGACGUAGAAGUACAAGUUUUAGUAGUUACAGCAGAACUACUACUACUAGUAGUAGUACUAGUAGUGAUACUAUGUGCAAUACUUUUUACUGCAUUUUACUGUUUUACUUGAACAGAAUCUAAUAAUUCUGACUACAUGUUAACUCUUAAACAUUUAAUAAUAAAUAACUAAUGUAGACAUACGAGCCUGCUGUUAGGUAAUGUCACUUAAAGUAUUUUUGUCAGAGUAAAUUAGAGUUUUUAACAGCGUUUGUCUGGUGAUGUGUGCUGAUAGUUGUAGCUUGAUGUGAUAAAUGUGGAAAAACAUGAGUUCUUAAUCCGUUUUGAGCCACUUUGAACUGGUGAUUUUUGGAUGUCACGCGUGUUUCUGUGUGUUUUGUUUUGGUAUUAGAAAACAUUUUAUGAUUAUUUUUGAAAGUCUGUGUUUUCUUACGUGUAUUUGUGUGUCUGAGCACUUUUUAUGAGUGUUUUAUAAGCUGGUGUCUGUGCAUAAUGCAGGACAGAGUGGUUCAGAUGAGAUGUUGGUUUUGUUUGAUACAUGUAUAUAUAUAAUAAAUAUACAUGUCGAGGUGGCUGCUGGGA